AUGAUCCCCCUCCCCACCCCCUUCUCCCAAAUCCCCCGAUACCCCCUCCUCUACUCCACCCCAUCUCCCAUCCACCCUCUUCCAACCCUAACCAGAACCCUCCUCCAAUCCCCAACCCCCAAGACCAACCCCAAUACCGGUAUAAACAUAACCCUCCACCUGAAACGCGAAGACCACGCCUCGCCUCUAACCUCCAGCGGUAACAAAUACCGCAAACUCGAGUACCUAAUACCCGACAUUCUCUCACCAACACCCAAAUACGGCUCUCUAGCACCAGGACCUGACCACGGCACUCUCACCACCCCACCACAACCACAACCACCAAAGAAGACAGAAAAAGAAGUAACUCUAGUAACAGAAGGCGCCCUCCAAAGCAAUCAUACCAUCCAAGUAACCAGCAUCGCGAACCACCUGAACCUCUCACGGCCCGUGAUUAUCCUUCACAAGGCCACGGGGGGUGGAUACGCCCAGGCAACAGAUAAGAGUCUCUUCGAGAGAACGGGAAAUGUGCAGAUAGCGAAGCUAUUAGGGGCUGAUGUGAGGGUGUUGGACUCGGCGACUGUUUCAACAUCUACAAGUAAAGAAGAAAAGGAAGAAGAAGAUGGAGUCCACUCCAUCCUCACGACCCUCCAAAAUGAAGGCAAAAAUCCCUACUGGAUCCCCUCAGGAGCAAGUCUUCACCCAUUAGGUGGAUUGGGGUACGCAAGAUGCGCAUUCGAGAUUGCAUUGCAGGAGAAACAACCGCAAUCACUGUCACAACCAGAGGGUUCAAACCUCGGCAGAUUCGACUACAUCUUCCUCGCCUGCGGCAGCGGCAGCACCCACGGCGGGCUCAUCGCCGGUCUGAAACUUCUCGAGAAACAAGAAACCACCACCACCACUUCCCUCCCGCCCCGGAAAAUCAUAGGCAUCCUCACAUCCCCGACCCGCUCACGCAGCUACCACGAAAACAGAGUAUUACAGUUUGCGCGACAAGCGGGAAGACUCAUCGGGCUUGAAGAUGUGGAGAGGGAGAUAACCAUGCAGGAUGUGCAUAUUGAUGAGCGGUUUGCGGGCACGGCGUAUGGAGAAGUGGAUGACGCGACGAGGGACAUGAUGCGGUUGAUGGCAAGAGAGGAAGCGGUGUUGUUGGAUCCGGUGUAUACGGGGAAGGUGGCGAGGGGGAUGGCGCAUUGGGUGAGGGAGGGGGAGAUUUCCAGGGAUUGGGUUGCGCGAGGGGGAUGGGAAGGGGAGGGAGGUAAUGUUAAUGUGUUGAUGGUACAUACGGGGGGACAGUCUGCUUUGAGUGCGUAUGCAGAUGUUGUGUAG